UUCAUGGCCUCCCGCGGCAACGCCAUCGCCAGAGCCACGUUCGAGUCCAAAGUGCCCGCCUUCUACUACCGGCCCUCGGCCUCCGACUGCCCACUCCUCCGGGAGCAGUGGAUCCGGGCCAAGUACGAGCGGCAGGAGUUUGCCCACCCCGAGCGGCAGGAACCCUACUCUGCAGGGUACCGAGAAGGCUUUCUCUGGAAGCGCGGCCGUGACAACGGGCAGUUCCUAAGCCGGAAGUUCGUGCUGACGGAGCGUGAGGGGGCCCUGAAGUACUUCAACAGGAGUGAUGCCAAGGAGCCCAAGGCCGUCAUGAAGAUCGAGCACCUGAACGCCACUUUCCAGCCGGCCAAGAUUGGCCAUCCGCACGGCCUGCAGGUCACCUACCUGAAGGACAACAGCACCCGGAACGUCUUUGUCUACCAUGAGGACGGCAAGGAGAUGGUGGACUGGUUCAACGCGCUGCGCGCCGCCCGCUUCCACUACCUGCAGGUGGCCUUCCCGGGGGCCAGCGACGCCGACCUGGUGCCGAAGCUGUCCAGGAACUACCUUCAGGAGGGCUACAUGGAGAAGACCGGGCCCAAGCAGACAGAAGGCUUCCGCAAGCGCUGGUUUACCAUGGACGACCGCAGGCUCAUGUACUUCAAGGACCCGCUGGACGCCUUCGCCCGCGGAGAAGUCUUCAUCGGCAGCAAAGAGAGCGGCUACACGGUGCUAGACGGGCUCCCACCGUCCACCCAGGGCCACCACUGGCCACAUGGGAUCACCAUCGUCACGCCAGAGCGCCGGUUCCUGCUGGCCUGCGAGACGGAAUUGGAGCAGCGGGCGUGGAUGGAGGCGCUCCGGAAGGUGGUGGACAGGCCCAUGCUGCCCCAGGAGUACGCAGUGGAAGCCCACUUCAAGCACAAGCCCUAGCACGAGGAGGUCCCGGAGGCCCGAGGACCCUGGACUGCCCGGACGUGGCUGCAGGAGGCCGCGGCCAGCGGGGCCCGAGCUUCAGCCACUAGCACCCGUGUCUCUGGAACCCCUUUGCGGGCUGGCCCAGCCUGACCCCACCACGCUGCUGCCCACCCUCCAUGGGACACCCACAGCACCCCCACCGACUUCUGCCCGCCAGACCCGCGUUCCUCUGAGGACCAGCCCCCAGCUGCCACUGCUCACCUGAGCGGGAAGCCCCUCCCACCAGGAAGCUGGGCUGUGGGGACAGAGCCAGCCUGCAUGCCCCCCUCCUAACACGUAUUUAUUGAAACCUGCCGUGUCGGUCCUGGGGUCCCGGGGGCCAGAGCGGCAGACGUGGAUCCCAUCCUCACUGAGCUGACCACACGGAUGUGUGGGUCUGGGGGGUCGGGCCCCCACGGCAGGAGCCACAGGACCUCAGGCCUCAGGCCUGGCUGCCCCUGGGCGCCUGCCACGCCGACUCGGGACUCCGCGCUGACUGUGACCCCCCCAUCUCUGCCUCCCCUGUCUCUGACCCCUCAGAGGAUGGAGCCUGGGCCCAGCUCACUGUCUGCAGCCCAGCAUGCUGCUGGCCAGUGGUAACUGCCCCAAGCCUCCCUGUGUGCCUGGGGUGGGGGGACAGGGCCAUGGUGCAGCAGGACGUGUGUGGGGGUCACCCGCCAGGUCAUCUGGGUGCUGUCCUGUGUGGCCACGACAUGCUCCCAGGGGACCUGGACCAGCUGCUGGGACCGAGAGGAGGGCACUGGGCCUCGGCCUGGCCGGCGGGCCCACAGCCAAGGAUGGGGACAGGCGCCCUCCUGUGAGCCCGUCUCCCCUCGAACAGUGCAGACCCACGAGAAAGCUGGACCUUGGGCAGGGGCUGCAGGGGCCAGCAGGCAGCACAAGCCCCCUCCACCGGGACCACUGCCAGAGCUCGCCAGGUCAGGGGUCACCAAGAUGGCUGGGGAGGUGAGGACUGCUGUGAGGUCACCCGGGGCCAGAGCGCUGUCUCCCCAGACCCCCUGCCCCUGGCGGCUCCUCCAGUCCAGGUCCCAGGAAGCCCAGGUCCUCAACUUCCAGAGCAGGCAGGGGGCCUCACCCAGGGUCCCCAGAUCUUCCUGACCACACAGGGCUGCCCAGGACUCAGCCUCGGGCCCUGGACAGCGGCAGCCCGCUCUGUCAGUGUGGACUCUGCACGCCCACAUGCUCUGCCAGAAAGCUGUGGGAAAGAAGAGCUGCAUGACCAGCCAGCAGGGAGCAUCUCUCAGAAAGAGCAGACCCCACGUGGCGGUGCGGGAGUCAGAGGCACCUCCUGCUCGAUGAGACCAGGGCUCAGGGCACCCAGCCCCACCGGCCGCUCGGAGGGCCCGAGAGAUUCAGAGACAACACUGUCCAUGCCUAAAACCACGACACUCUCCCAACACUGGCCACUUGGUGCCACUCACCAAGGACACACUCCAGACAGAGCUGAACACUGGUCCCAGCGCCCGCGGACCUCAUGGGGCGUCCAGGCCGCGCUGCUCCCCGCCCACACCCGGCCCCAGGAGCUCCCUCAGAAAGGACCACUGCUGCUGAGCCCAGUAUAAAGGAUUUAUUUAAACUCAACAAUGAACACAAACCUUCCUUUAAGUUCCAUUUUUACAGUGAAUGAAACUCUGUACUGCGUUCCUUCCCAUGCAUGGUCACCGGGCAUUAAUCUACACCUCUUAUUGUAAUUGUGGAAAAAUAAAGUGUCUCCCCUUUUGUAA